AGCGGAGUCAAUCACCACCUUCCGGAGACACCUGAAACCCCACCUCUUCAAGGAAUACCUAGGAUAGGGCAGCCAUGUCGGUUUCUCAGAUCACCCCCACCCUGUUCCUGAGUGGAGCAGACGCCCCCCUCAACCAGGCCCUGGUCUCCCGCAAGGGCAUUACCCUCAUCGUCAAUGCCACCCUCAACCACGUCUGCCCAGUCUACCCAGGCGUGGAGUGCCUGCGUGUGCCCGUCUCCGACCUGCCCAGCGCCCGUCUGGGCGACCACUUUGACCGUGUGGCAGAGCGCAUCCACAGCAACCGGACAGGCGGUACGCUGGUGCAUUGUGCGGCUGGCAUGAGCCGCUCGCCGGCCCUGGUCAUAGCAUACCUAAUGCGCUACCGGGGCGUGACUCUGUGCCGGGCCCACGCAUGGGUGCAGGAGAGUCGGCCCUACGUACGACUCAACGUGGGUUUCUGGGCGCAGCUACUAGAGUUUGAGAAGAGGCUCUAUGGGAAGAAUACGGUUAAGGUGGCCGCGCCCAUGCCGCCUGUGAAGCCGCCCCUGUCGCCAUGGACACUGCGGUCAUCAUGGACACAGCGGUCACCACCGCUGUUGCCCAGGUCACCAUUGUUGUCGUCGUUAUCGCAGGCCAAGAAGUUGAAGAAGGGUAGGCUUGUAAGGAAAUAGUAGAGGAGGGAAGUUUGCUUUUCUGUCUGAAGAUGUGAGGGAAGAACUUACAGCCCUACUGCCUGAGGAUGUAAACCAGGGAAGCAGGCAUGUCCCCUGCCAUGAUUUGAUAAGGGAAAUAUAGUACAAUAAUAAUCUUUGUAUAUAUGUACACUGAACCAAAAUACAAACACAACAUGCAACAAAGAUUUUACUGAGUUUCAGUUCAUAUAAGGACAUCAUUCAAUUUAAAUAAAUUCAUUAGGUCCUAAUCUAUGGUUUUCACAUGACUGAGAAUACCGAUAUGCAUCUGUUGGUCACAGACACCAUAAAGAAAGGUAGGGGGCGUGAAUCAGAAAACCAGUCAGUAAAUGGUGUGACCAUGUUUUCCCUCAUGUAUCGCGACAGAUGAGUUGAUCAGGCUGUUGAUGUCUGGUGAGUAUUGUGUACAGAUUCUUGCGACAUGGAGCCAGCCGUGCCUUAUCAUGAGGUGACGGCGGCAGAUGAAUGCCACGACAAUGGGCCUCAGUGUCUCGUCACGUUAUCUUUGUGGGUGGUUUCAAAUUGCAAUGGAUAAAAUGCGAUUGUGUUUGUUGUCCAUCGCUUAUGCCCGUACCUCACCGCCACCAUGGGGAACUCUGUUCACAACGUUGAUAUCAGCAAACCGCUCGCCCAUACGACUCAAUACUUCCUGGUACAGUUGAAACCAGGAGUCAUCCGUGAAAAGCACACUUCUCCAGCGUGACAGUGUGAGCAUGUGCCCACUGAGAUCAGUUUCAACGCCGAACUGCAGUCAGGUAAAGAUCCUGGUGAGGGCGACGAGCACGCAGAUGACCCUGACACAGUUUCUUACAGUUUGUACAGUUUGUAAUGUAAUUCUUCAGUUCCAUCAGGUGUUUGGGUGGCUGGUCUCAGACGAUGCUGUAGGUGAAGAAGAUGUUUGUGAAGGUGCUGGACUGGCUUGGUUACUAGUUGUCUGCGGUUGGGAGGCUGGUUGGACUUACUGCCAAAUUCUCUAAAACAGUGGUGUAUGUUAGAGAGAUUGUCUGGAAACAGACAUUCCUGCAGUCAGCACACCAAUUGCACGUUCCCUCAAAACUUCAGAUAUCUGUGGCAUUGUGUUGUGUUGUGUGACAAAAGUGCACAUUUUAAAGUGGCCUUUUAUUGUCCCCAGCACAAGGUGUAAUGAUGAUCAUGUUGUUUAAUCAGCUUCUUGAUAUGCCACACCUGUCCAGGUGGUUGGAUUAUCCUGGCAAAGGAGAAAUGCUCAUUAAGUCACUAUAAAGUUGUGCAAAAAAUUGAUAUAUUUUAGCUCAUGAAACAUUGGACCAACACUACAUGUUGCGUUUAUAUUUUUGUUCAGUGUAUAUAUAUAUAUAUAUAUAUAUAUACAGUGCCAGUCAAAAGUUUGGACACAUCUGCUCAGUCAUAGGUUUUUCUUUAUUUUUACUAUUUUCUACAUGGUGGAAUAAUGGAGAAGACACCAAAAAAAUGGAACAAAUGAACUUUUAACGAGGCACACCUGUUAAUUGAAAUGCAUUCCAGGUGACUACCUCAUGAAGCUGGUUGAGAGAAUGCCAAGAGUGUGCAAAGCUGUUAUCAAGGCAAAGGGUGGCUAAUUUGAAAUACAUGUAUUUAAAAAAAGAUUGGUUACUACAUGAUUCCAUAUGUGUUUUCUCAUAGUUUUGAUGUCUUCAUAUAUUAUUCUACAAUGUAGAAAAAUAGUAAAAUAAAGAAAACCCCUUGAAUGAGUAGCUGUGUCCAAACAUUUGACUGGCACUGUUUUGUAUAUAUAUAUAUAUAUAUUUUAAAGUAUAUUGUAAUUCCACUCCCCUUCCAUAUUGUUAUGUUUAAAUACAGAUAGGAAUGAGAGGGGGAGAAAGUUGAGGUGAAACACAGCGCAGAACAUUUAAGAGGCCGUUUGUGGUCCAGAGUUGGCAGCGCCACCUCUGCACAAGAAUGUGUAUUCCACUACCCGAGGAAGAAUGCGGACAGCAAAUCUUCUGCCUAAAGUAAUGAGGGAAUUGUUAUGGCCAUCUUUCUCGCUGUAAGUGGACUUCAAGUUAAUUUAAGUCAUCAACAUUCAACAAUUGAUCUUUGAAUUGUGGGAUGAAAAAAAAAUGGACUAAUAGAAAAACACAAACAAACAACAAUGCAACACACAUUGAGGGAACUAUUGUUGUGACUGUUGCUUGUGUUCACUGCUGUGGAAUCCAGGAAUGUUCUUCCUGAAGUUUUUAACAACAAUGUAACACACAUUGAGUGAACUAUUGUUGUGACUGUUGCUUGUGUUCACUGCUGUGGAAUCCAGGAAUGUUCUUCCUGAAGUUUUUACUGUACAUGACAGUGGAGUAAGAUCUUGAUCACAUUCACAUUAUGUCAAGGAUGUCCAGUAAGGACUAAGAACUACAGUUUUUUUUAGUAUGUUUUUGUUGUUGUUGCAUUUAUGUACUUUGUACCUUGUUUUAUUGCUAAAUAUGAACAUCAACCCUUUUAAAGUUAAAGCGUGUAAAAUGUGUAGACGUACCCAUGACAUUAUGUUUGACAUCAUUAUAUUUCAGGAGGCGUUUUAUAUAGAGGCCUUUGUUCUUUAACGUUUAAAUCUGGAUGAUUCCACACCAGUGGAAGCAGAAAAUAUUUUGGGUAUUGCAGAUUGUUCUGGCAAUUCUCACAUAGAAACUGAAUUAGGAGGAAGGAUGUUAGGAAGGAUGUUUGAAAUUAAAUAUAAAAAAUUGUGUCACAAACCAUUUUUGGGAAAAUCAUUAUGAAAGUGACAAUUUUAUGCCCUACACAUGCCUCCUGUAAGACCCUAAAUACAUGAUACAGACAUAUUGGUGUCAUUAUGCUCCUUAU